UCGUCCGAGCAUGGAUUUACGGAAGUUGGAAUGAGCCGGACGAGAUCUGCAUGAGCGUGAAAUGCUGCCGGAAUCCACGCGCCAUGAGGACGUCUGUCAGUCACUGCUUAGCGUGGACACUUCUGAGAGGCUCCUUCUGUCUGCUGCUCCUCAGGCAAAACCAGGCGCACAGCGACUUCACCCUGGGUGAGAAGGCGUCGCCCGAGGCGUCUUCACAGAAGCUCUGGGUGCUUCAGACUCAGAAGAACAAGCUGACCCCUGACCCCAUGGCGCCGCUCUCGAGGCAGGGCCUGUGGGAGGUGUUGGGCAGAAACUCGCAGUCCCUCUCCGGCCCCUCCUGGAAGACGAAGCCGCAGCCCGCCGCGCCGAGGCCGUCCCGGAUCUUCACCUGGGGCGAGUUCUACUCCAACGUCAAGACGGUCAAGCUCAACCUGCUGAUCAUGGGGAAGAUCGUGGACCACGGCAACGGCUCCCUGGGCGUCUACUUCCGCCACAACUCCACCGGCGUGGGCAACGUGUCGGUGAGCCUCGUGCCGCCGGCGAGGGAGGUGGAGUUCGACCUGGAGCGCCAGAGCGUGGUCAACCCCAAGGACUCCAAGACGUUCAACUGCCGGGUGGACCACGAGAGGACCGAGCGCAGCAAGAAGGUGAUGCCGUGCAACUACGACCCGGCCAAGACGUGCGCCCACGAGCAAACGCAGAGCCAGGUCAGCUGGACGUGCUCCAAGCCCUUCCAGGUCAUCUGCAUCUACGUGUCCUUCUACAGCACCGACUACCGGCUGGUUCAGAAGGUCUGCCCGGACUACAGCUCCCAGAAUGCACCGCACCGGCCCACGGGUUAAGACCAGGGUCGUGGAAGGCACCUCAAUGAACACACUUGAGCCGAGCCAGUCCAAAGGAUUCUAAAUCCAGGCAAAAGGUUUUCUUCAAAACAUGUUUUUGCAGUUAAAUACGACCUUAAUGCAAUAUUGUUUUUUUUUUAUUUAUUUCAAACUGAUCUGACUAUAAAAGUCUUUUUUUUUACAUCACUGAUUAAUUGAACGUUGUGUGAAAAACCAUCUUGUAAAGACAAAAGCAGAAAACGAUCACAAGGUCGACUUCAGCAUCACAGUGCUUAUUAUAUAUUGGUUAUUGAUCAGUUUUUAUAAUCCAGAAGCCGAGCAGUCAUCCUGUCAGAAUGUCUAAAACAUGUUCGCAUAUUUCAAAACAAGUGGAUGCUAAGUUUGUGGUUGAUAAUGGCAUUUAC